UAAAACAGUUGAUGCAUGCAAAACAUGAUAAUCCAGUGAGAAUUGCCGAUGAAUUUCACUGCAGGAGGUUAAACAAAUUAUUUAUUUUAAAUUGUAACCUAUGCGUAGAUAACUUGAUGCUGUUGAAGGUAGUUCACCGAUUUUUCCGUGUACAUUUGUCUGUCGAUAAUUAUCGUAAGCGAAUUGUCAACCGUAUUCUUCGUAUUUAAAACGGAAAACUCUCGACUGGAGAAUAGUAAACACGGAAAACAAUAGAAGCAAUGGCUUCCGCUGCAGCAACAGCAGAAAUUCAAAUAUCAUGGGAACCGCUCAGACUGACACAUUUUAAACCGUCGUUCAAUAACCACGAACUAGCCCUUGCGGCUCGCCAGGAUCUCUGGCAUAAAUUUAUAAUAUUCGAUGCUGGGAAGUAUGAGAAAGACGAGGUACUGAUCGCUGUAAUAAAUGCCUGCGAACCCGAAGUUCUGCUGCCCGUUAUGUACCAUGUCGAAAGAGGCGGUAAUGGAACAUUCCUGACAAAGUGUAAUACAGAAGCGAUAAAGAACCUCGUCAAACAAAAUCUGUGUGUGAUAACACCGUCUGGAAAGGUCCUGAAUAUAGACAUAAUUUUGGGUUUUUUGAGCAUGGAAGAUCUCCAGUUAAAUCCAACGAAGACCGUGGCUCAGGCCUUGUAUUACAAAUACGAAUCUGGUAGAAAGAUAUUAAACUUAGAAAAUUUCCAGAAGGUAAAAUCGCUCGGUUCGAUAUAUUGCCCAGUCGCUGCACCAAGGGUACUUUUGUUUGUGUUGCGAUGCGCAAAAAUGGGCAUAAUAGGCAACGUGAGGGAGAUGAAGUUGCCAAUAAGGGAAUUGGUGCUGCGGCAUAAUGGAAUAAGCAGUUUUGUCCCGUUUGAAAAAUUUUUCAACUACCACCUGACGAAGCUGGACUUACGGUUCAAUGAAAUAUCCGAUAUAGACUAUUUGCGCUAUUUUUCGGAGUUUAAAAUAACCGAACUAUGGUUGGAUGGUAAUCCGCUUUGCACAAACUACGCGACACCUGAAGAAUACAUUCGAGCAAUAAAGAAUAUAUUUCCAUACAUCCAAAGAUUGGACGGAAUUAUUAUCGGAGUUGAAAAAAAGCUCGCCCCAACUAUGCAUACGAAUUAUAUAGGAGACGGUGCUAAGCUUGGGCUCGUUAAACAAUUCAUUCGGCAUUUCUUUACCCUUUACGAUCAGGACGACCGGAUAGUAAUGAACGGUCUUUAUGACACUGAUGCAUUUUACUCUAUGACCAUAGGAAAUGCACCUACUUAUACACAGAAGAGUUUAAACAGAGUGUUUGCUAACAAUCGUAAUCUUCUCAAAUUUGUUGACUAUGCCAAAUGCCAAGAAUAUUUACUGAGGGGACCUGAAAAAAUUAUUUCAGCGCUAAGAAAGCAGCCGCCUACCACGCACAACUUAAGAUCGUUUCAUGUAGAUUUAUUGCACCAAGGUGAAACGCAUUUGGUCAUUUCUGUGCAAGGACUAUUUUAUUACAAGUCCUUGAUAUUUCAGUUAAUGCUUUUCAAUAGAACGUUUGUUAUUGUUGCCAAAGACGACAACGAGUACAGCAUUGUCAAUGAUCAGUGUCACCUUGAUGUUGCGCCAGCAAGUUUUACAACCGGAGAUAACAGGGACGGUAAAUUUGAGCCGAAAGAUGCACCAAGAUUCAAACCGACACUGUUUAGUAAUGCAGAAAAGGAUCAACUAAUUGGAUUUUUAUCAGAACUUUCAACAAUGAACAAGGAAACUUGUAAAAAAUAUUUAGAAACUUCAAAGUGGGAUAUUCGUGUGGCAAUAAACUCUUUUAUGAAAGCUUACAUGGUUAAUGAUGUUCCAAGCAAAGCUUUUCAAUAAAUGGGAUCACCAUAAGUAUCAAAAAAUGUUUUAGUUGAAUAAAAAAUAAAAAUAUCCGUCUACCAUCCAUGCAU